ACAUCUUAAGAAUUUAUAUGGAAGUAUGCACAAAGGGACCGCAAUUAUCAGAUAAUAUAAAUAAAUUGCUACAUUCUAGAAAAUCAAUAUUAUAACUUAAUUUCACAUAUUAAGUAUUGGAUAUAUAUUUAAAAGUAAACAUGUCUCAACCACCAAAAAUAAUUUUACAUUGGUUGACCCAAUCAAGAGCUCACAGAAUCGUUUGGUUAUUAGAAGAAUUGGAAUUGCCAUACGAAUUAAAAAUUUACCAUCGUACUAAAGCAUAUAGGUCACCACCAGAAUUACGUGCUUUACAUCCAUUAGGUAGAUCUCCUGUUUUAGAAGUAAUUAAUGAUGGUAAAAGUAAACUUAUUGUUGAAAGUGGUCAUAUAAUCCAAUAUUUAGUGGAGAAUUUCGAUUACAAAAAGAAGUUUGCUGUUGAGAACGCUGAUGAUAAAGAGGAAAUUGAAUUUAUCUUACAUUUUACUGAAGCAAGUUUACAAUCAGGAUUAGUUGCGAUCCUUGUUAAUAAUGUGGCUAAAGGUAAAGCACCAUGGGGAUUACAAUUUUUGGCUGGUGCUAUUACAGGCUCUAUUAACAAAGGAUUUUAUGAACCUCAACUUAGUGAAAACUUGAACUUUUUAGAAAGUAAGAUAAAACAACAACAUGAAUUAGGUCGCAAAUACUUUGUCGGUGAUAAAUUGUCUGAAGCAGAUAUUAUCUUAAUAUUUCCUAUUUAUUCUAAUUUAUUUGCAGAUGCACAAAGAUCUGAUAAAAUCUUCCAGAAACCAAUUGCUGAGUUAUUCCCUCACUUACAUAAAUGGACUCAAGAAAUUACUAAGGAGCCAAAGCUUCUUAAAGCAAACGAGGUUAUUGAAUCACUUGAUCAGUCUGCAAAACUUUGAUUUUAAAGAUAUUUUAAUAUCUAAUUAUUAGAUAGAAGGUAACUAUUAUUUUAUAUAUCCUAAUUAGAUAGUCUGUGAAAACCAUAUGUAGGUAUAUUUCCCAAUUAAGCCAUUUUCUUCAUCAAAAUAAUCUAUAGCUCUUCCGCAACGUUAUUUCCUAAAUAGGAAAUUUUUGCUUCAAUUUAGCUUUAGCGAGGCAAGUCAUAUUACUUUUGCACAGCCAAU